AUGUCGUCGCCGUUGCGUCCUGGCGCGGACUUGAAGGAGCAGCUGGAAUGGUACAAGACGCAAUACUCGCAGCUGGAGACCGAUCUCUCCGACUUCCAGACCUCGAGCAAGGACCUCGAGGAGCAGCUGGAGAAGGAUGUGGAGACAGCCGAGAAGAACGAGCGGAAAUGGAAGGAACAGGUGGAGAAGUUGAACUUUGAGGUGGAAGAGUGGAAGACGAAGCACAAGCAAGCCAAGUCGGAGGCCAAUAAUGCGCAAAAUCAGCUGCAGAAGGAGAUCACGAAGAUGCGCGAGGAGAACCGCUCCCUGCAGCUCCAACUACGAGACACCGAAGUUAUGAAUGACGAUUACGAACGACAAGCGCGCAACACAGAGACCAGCCUGGAGGACAUGGAAACCAAGUACAAUGCUGCAAUCGAACGCGGAGUGCUAUUCGAGGAGACCAUCAAGCAAGGCGAGCAGGAACGAGAGGAGCUGAGGAUUGAGACACAGCGCCUGCGCGACGAGCUAAGUGAUCUCAAGGUUGAGAACGAGAUCACGUUGGAGAAGCUACGCCUUGCACAGCAGAAUCUAGAGGCUCUGAGAGCGAACAAGCCUGCUUCACUAGCGGUGGAGAACUUGCGCGCGAGGAGUGGUGGAAGCGAUGCGGGAAGCGAUGCGAGCGGUAUCACACCUUUGUCACCGACAGCAUCGACACCUCCUUCCAAGUCUGACACAGCCUCAGAUGCGCCGACACCACCUUCACCACCAUUGUCAGAUGCGCCCGCGAGCGCCAAUGGUAAGGCGGAGCAGCGAACGCCAGCACCAGUCAAGAAGAGGUCGAUGAUACCAGAUUCUGCAACACCACGAGCAUCGUUGUUUGGUGCCCGUGGUGUUCCCACGAGUCACAGACGAGGACCUUCUUUGGCCUCCAGCACAAGCACUGCAGUGUCGGACGCCAGAUCGAUGAAGCCGCCGAGCCGACCGAGGACUACAAGAGCUAGCAAUGCACAAGAUAAGCUGCCUCGAUCAGAUUCGCUAUAUCAGAUCAGAGGUCUGAUUGGCCGAAUGCAGAAGAUUGAGGAACGCGUACAGAACGCACGAUCAAAACUACCGGCUCCUGGCAGUACCCCGAAGAACUCACCACGUGCUGCCUCGGCGUUGGGAGAGGGAAUUCCAUCAUCGGUCACGGUCCGCCGCAGUAGCAAACGUCCCAGUGCCAGCAGGACCAAUUCGACAGUAGAUGAUACUUCGAUACUGGAGGAGAACGAGGAAUCCGCUUAUCCUCCACAAAGACGGGAAAGCCACAUUAAACGGCUGUCUUUUGGCAUCCCAAGACCAGCCUCACAAGCAGCGCAUAGACCAGACUUCUCAGAGCGACCACCGUCAGCCAUGGAAAGACCUUCGUCGAGAGUCUCCGUGGGGCGGCCCGGCAGCCGAAUGAGCAUGGCAUCUCAGUCCGAACGGCCGCCCAGUAGAUCUGGCGCGCGGACCGAACUCGGACACUAUUCAAGCACGACCGCAUCAUCAAGAGCUGCCGAGUCAGCAAUUCCUGGUAGACCCCGAUCCAGUCUGGGGGGAAGCUAUGCACCAGGACACCGGCCUAGCUUGAGUGUGAACGAGAUGCGCAGGCAGCGGACGGCAGAAAGUGAAGACUCAGGCAUUGCCCGCACGCCUAGCAGGCGACUGACGCUGGAGAAGAGCUCGAUUCACACGCCCGGCUCAGCUAUUCCCGCCCCAGCGUCGUUUGGGAAGAGCGUCAAUGGCACGAGGCCUGAUUUCAGCAAGAGUGUCAGUGGUGCUCGACCUGACUUUGGCAAGAGCGUCACUGCCAAUGGUCUUAGAAGGACGACAACCAAUAUAUCACAGCGUGAUGGUGCGGGGGAGAUGAGACCGCCGCCCAGUCGGAGGAAGGCUAGUGAUGUUGGAGAGACGUAUUGA